CCCAUUUGACGAUAAACAUUGCGACCUGACCCGCUGGGCUUUCAGUGAGACGCGGCACGUCAACGUGAAUGAGGCCGAGUCUUGUCCAUAGUCGCUGUAAUUACUGCAAGACUGGAAUUUCUCACUAACAUUAAAUACACGCACACUAUGGUGAAACUGUAUCCCGCUUCGAAAGAAGGAGACGGUAACCUGUCGCUUUGACAUCGACCUUUACUACCGGAAACCCGUUAGCUUUGGCAGCUAACGUCAGCUAGCUAAGUUAGCUACAUACCCUCGUUUUUUUCCACGCAACUGACCUCCACCACAACACAGACGUUCUGAGUAUCAUUUGCUUGCUAGAUUGGGGUCGUUUCCCCCUGUUUCUUCACGUCCGCUCACAUUGUCCCUGUGUGGUGCCCCGUGGACGGUUCCCGAAUAUGAUACAUAAUGAGUCAAAGAGAUACCUUAGUUCAUCUGUUUGCUGGAGGAUGUGGGGGCACGGUAGGAGCCAUAUUGACUUGUCCACUGGAAGUUGUGAAGACCCGUCUGCAGUCGUCCUCCAUCACCCUCUAUGUGUCUGAGGUUCAGCUCAGUACUGUCAAUGGGGCCAGUGUGGCCCGUGUGUCCCCGCCAGGCGCCCUGCACUUCCUCAAAUUGAUAUUGGAGAAAGAAGGACCUCGCUCUCUCUUCAGGGGCUUGGGGCCAAACUUGGUGGGUGUGGCACCUUCCAGAGCAAUCUACUUUGCUGCUUAUUCCACUGCCAAAGAGAAACUGAACGGUGUGUUGGAACCCGACUCCACACAGGUACACAUGGUGUCGGCUGGAAUGGCAGGUUUUACAGCCAUCACAGCAACCAAUCCAAUAUGGCUCAUAAAGACCCGUCUACAGCUGGAUGCUAGGAAUCGAGGUGAGCGAAGGAUGAGUGCAUUUGAGUGCGUGCGGCGGGUGUAUCAGACAGAUGGCCUGCGUGGCUUCUACAGGGGUAUGUCGGCAUCCUAUGCCGGUAUCUCAGAGACUGUGAUCCACUUUGUGAUCUAUGAAAACAUCAAACGGCGCCUCUUGGAAGCCAAGGCGCCGCAGAACAUGGAUGAGGAAGAGGACACAUCCAAAGAUGCUUCAGACUUCGUGGGGAUGAUGCUUGCUGCAGCCACCUCCAAGACCUGUGCCACAUCUAUCGCUUAUCCUCAUGAGGUGAUCCGCACCAGGCUACGUGAAGAGGGCACCAAGUAUAACUCCUUCUUCCAGACUCUAACAACAGUGCCCAAAGAGGAGGGCUACCGCGCCCUGUACCGUGGCCUCACCACCCACCUGGUACGACAGAUCCCCAACACCGCCAUCAUGAUGUGCACCUACGAGCUGGUGGUCUACCUCCUGAACGGUUAAAGUCUUCGCCCCACUUAGACAGUAUGUGUAACCCUGCCCCUGUUCGGAGAUGGAGAAAAAAAGAAUGAGAGCAACUGCACACCAGCUAGCAAAACAACCUGCUCGCCGGAAGAGGACAGAGACAGCACCACGACCUUUGUCUCAAUGACGCGAGUGGUUGUUAAAAAUUAGUUGGGAGUUUUGUUUUAUAACCAAAAGGUCUGGCACAAGGAGGAGGAUCAAAAAGUUCCUCACAUUGGUUAGGGGAUCUGGGUUUAGCAGUGGCAAAGAAAUGGUCGCCCUAUUUUCAUUUUAAUUCCAUUCUUUUCUCCCUUCGACUAUAUAUGUUGCUCAGCUUCAGAGUGCUGAAGAAAGAACCUGAGUUACAGUAUAUUCUGCCUCUAACAAUACUAAUAAUGAAAGAGAAGUACAGUAAUUCCAAUCCUUACCACCCAGUGGUUAUAAAACCCCCUCCAGCAGUAGACUGCUGUCAUGCUGAUGAUCAGUUUUAAAAAUAUUCUAUUAGUAUCGUGCAGUAUUCCCUGCAUCCCUCAGAGUGCCACUACAGGACCAGAAUACAAAGAUGCCAGAGUCAGUAGUGAGCUGAAGUAUCUGACAAGGGUUCUCAAGUUAGCGAGAACAAGAAGAAAUCAGUGCUUGAGGCUUGUUGAGGUGGGGUAAACAGAGGAAAAAGGUGGAGAUAGGGAGGGAGCUGAAUGGGAGACGUGCCUUGUGUGAAAAUGUGAUGUAGACUAAGAUGCACAAUGGCUGUAGGAGGAAGUGGAGCUCUGGUUGAAAAAGGGUGUAGAAAUGUUGAGUCGUACACUGGUACUGUGUGAUUUCAGGUGUCCUUAGUGAACCUUUUACAUAUCGGUUUUCAGCGUCUCAAAUACUGGUCGCGAUAUCCUCACAAUGCAGGAAUUUACAUUCUUUUACAGCUCUUUACACUAAAUACCUACAUGAUAUUGCUUAUUACAAGUGAAGUCUACAUGACACCAACCCCUGAACCUGCACGUGUUUGUGUUAGCCAUGUGUGGAAGAAGAGUAAUCACUAAGGUUAGAUGGAGGGUAAAGAGUCUCCAAACUAAACCAGGAUAUAAUCCACCGUUCUACCUACUGGAAUGUAAAUAAACAGGAGGAAUAACUUUACUAAAGGCAAGAAAGAAAAACGCUGAUCCAUGUUGUGAUAAAAAUAAAUAUAAUUAACAAAUUUUAACUAAUUGUAAUAUUGAUAGAUAAUAAAAUACCUACGUGAUUGUGUUGCAUUUGUCUGCCUAGUAAUGGCAAAACACAAACAUUUAGUGCAUUUUCUUUAGAGAGGGGAUUUUCCUGUUAGUUUGUUACCUUUUCUCAAGCAACAGUGUUGUUCUUAUAGCAUUUUCCAAUGUCUUUCUCCAGAAUCCUUAUCUCAUUUAGUUUUUUCCUCAGCUGGAGAAUCCAGGCUAGAUUUACAGGCGAGGACAAUCCUCUUGAGUUUACUCUAGAAACUUGUUGUACAGUUUAGCCAGUGUGUGGAGGAAGCCAGGAAUAUGCUCUUCAUAAGCGCACAUUAAUUAAAUGUAGACCAUUAUAAAACAAUUUAAAAAGGUAACUAUUUAGUUGAUUCCCUCACUUUAUUCAGUUGUUGUUUAAGAAAACAAAAUAAUUACAUUUCAGCCAGUUUAAAAAAUAAAUUUUUUGUUUGUCAGUGUUUUAUGUGCUCUUGGAUGUCUUUCUCAUGGAAUGGAAAGGUACUUGCUCUGCUUUGGAUACAUCUGUUUUGUUUUAACAUUUUUAUGUCACGUUUCAAACAGUACAAAGGACAAAAAAACUGUGUUCUGCCGCCACCUCAUUUAUCCUAGUAACCAUAGAAGUAACGUUCCUUCUGUAAUCACAUGACAGAAAAAACCUGGCCUGAUGAUAAUUGUGUGCAUUUUCCCCACAAACUGCAAACUUAAAGGGCAUGGCCCACACUGCUAACACAAAUGAUCAUCUCACUUUAACAGGAUGAGCUGUUGCCGUUCUCCUCCAGUGUAUUUGAACUCACACUGAUAACUGAUCCAAACACUACUGAAUAGGUAAGCUGGCGUGCAGCAGUAAGCAUGCCCGGCUGCUGUGGAAGGGAAGGGCAGUUUGGGCGUAAUAUGAGCUCAACUGCGCUCGCUUUCCCAGCGCCUUUGUACUUGCAGAUUACAGGAACGGCUUCAGUGUGGAACUAUUGACUAGUGAUCCUCAGUGUGAACACAUUUUCAGUUUUAGAGCACACAUGAAGGGUGCAUUAGAUUAGCCUCCUUGUACAAAUCUUAUCAGAGAUGUAUUAUUACUCACACACAGUACCAUCAACACACUAUUGAUGUAGUGAGACGCGAGUCCAUGGGUGACCUCUGUUGCUGCUAGUGGUGAUUGGAUGUUUGUGUGUCAUGGUGCUGGCUACACUCCCAUAGGUUUUAAAACAGGACAGAUAGACAGUCUAUGCAGAUAGUGUGGGUUGAUUGUGCUUAUUUGAUUAAAAGGUCAGUUCACCCAAAUUCACAAAAAGGUUUUUGGGUGAAAUGACCCUUUAAUUGUACGGUUAUAUGCAUCUCUUUCACUUGUAUAAUAUGAUGCAUUACUCCCUGCAUCCCAUGGUUAUUCUUUUGCACCCAUGCGUUAGCAUUGCGUGCCAGUAAUUGUGUGUAUGUUUUGCGCGUGCUUGCUCAAAGGACAAUCGCAUGUCAUUCAGUCAUGUCCUGCGUGUAAGAGAGCGCAGGAGUAUGUAUGCUGCAAGAAUAGCUGCAAACAGUGUUGUUUUUAUCUUUUUAAAUAAAUUGUUGCUUUUUCCUGGCGCCCUUUGUUUUUUUUUUCCCCUCCGUGUUGUAAAUGAUGAGCCGACUGUGAGUGUGGCUCGGUCUAUGCAUUCUCUCAUACCUGUUUUUGUAAAACAAAAAGCCAAUAAAAUGGAACGAGUGCAAGUAUAUUUAAGUGUCAGGAAAACUUACUUAACUUAAAUGUCUCUUACUAAGUGCUUGAUGUACAGUUUCUCUCAGUUGCUUCGGCACAAUCCUCAAAUGAAAACUCUCAGCAAACAGUGAAAUUCUCAUAGAUUUUCAUUUUCUCACAUUAUAUGCAUUUCUUGUUGCUUUCACACAGAAUUCAAAUGUAUGAGUACAAAUAUCUUCAACUGUGAUGCACUGAGUUAGUAUUGGUUCGUUAAAAAUGGGUUACACUGCUUUUCUUCUGAACUGUAUUACUCUCAGACGUGGUUAUCAACAUGCCCACUGUGUAAAUAUUUACAUUCAAAACAUUAAAGCCAACUGUUGACAUUUCAAA